CAAUKAGAUAUCAGAUCUUUCUGGUUCAAACGUUUAGAAGACACAAAAAAAUUAAGGGACUCUAACCCGUUCCGAAACAGUUCAUUGAAGAAACCUAUUCUAGAAUCACCAUGCUACGGUCAUCCCCGUGUCGUCGACUCUUGUCGUCGACGCUGAAGUCCYCAACCCCCGCGAUGACGACGCCAAUAGCGAGCCGUGGUCUCUCAUCCUAUGCGGGAAGAAGAGUUAUGAGCGGUCGUACUCCGACCUUCAAGACGGCCACCCGAUCUCUCUCGAGCUUUGCCGAACCAGGRACUCUUUUCAACAGCGAUGUGAUGGAAAAAAUGAGAACGAAAGACGCUGACAAAGACUCACCCCUGCGAGCCGACAUUCGUGCAAUGGGAUCCAUCCUAGGACAGAUCGUCAAGGAUCACCACGGGGAAGAUAUUUUUCAAAAAAUCGAAGAACUGCGAGGGCUUUCAAAGGAGUGGCGAGCCGCAGGGGCCGGUCGUAAUCCUGAAAGUGCUCAAGACGCCGACAAAAUUUUUGCCGAGCUGACCAAGGCCUGCGCCAAGCUUAGCAACGAAGAAAUUUUGACCAUUGUCCGUGCCUUCAAUGGAUUUCUUUCGAUUGCAAAUGCAGGGGAAUCUCACCAUCGGAUCCGACGACUAAAUAUGGCCACACGGGAAGAAGCCCUGCCUGAUCGAUUUGAUUCCUGGUGAGUAAUAACUAAUUGAUCAAUCGACARGCUCCGCCAGCAGAAACGGAUGGAAUAGUGAAUACAAUGUUCUGCCCCAGGAAAAUAGAGGUUAAAGAAGGAGCUCGGAUUGUUUUUUACCCAGUUUGGAUUCCUAUUUUCGGGCAUUGCCUAAAUGUCGUUCUCACUAGAAGUAUUACUUUGAUUUCUUUUUCCMAAAAAAAUSCUGUUCGCAUUUUCYUUSACAAAUGUAGUGGGGGAGCAUUGAAAGCGCUUUUGCAAGAUGGGCACAGUCCCGAAGCAAUUUAUGACGCCCUCACGUCACAGCAAGUYGAGUUGGUUUUGACAGCACAUCCUACCGAGGUCAAUCGCCGUACUAUUUUGGAGAAGCAAAGACGCGUUCAAAGGGUAAGUUCAGUAGAAUGAGUGUGUAGAAGAGACUUGWAAUAAUAUUGUAACCUCACUUUUCAAUUUUACGGUCUCGGAAAAAUUGACGUUCAGCUCCUAACUAAGGCCGAUUAUCUACGAGAACGAAACAUUCCGUCCACUGGCUAUGACCAAACAGAACUGGAUCGUUCCUUGAAACGUGAAAUCGCUUCUACUUGGCAGUCUGAUGAAGUGGCUCGAGAAAAGCCAACCCCCGUUAACGAGGCUGAGCGUGGUACCCUCGUUGUCGAAACUGUUUUGUGGGAAGCCUUACCUGGAUUUUUGAAGCGUCUGAACUCUGUUAUGGAAAAAAGUCUUGGAAAGUCGCUACCGCUGGAUGCCUGCCCCGUAAUUUUUUCAUCGUGGAUGGGAGGUGAUCGUGAUGGAAAUCCUAACGUAACACCGGAUGUUACGAGAGAAGUAAACCUUAAGAAUCGGGCCCAGGCGGCUAGUUUGCUGAAACGUGAUUUUGAGCGAUUGAAGAGCGAACUGUCAAUCAUGGAAUGCAAUGAGGAACUCCGUGCAGUUGCCKGCGAAACUAAAGAACCCUACCGAGUUAUCCUGGCGAAAAUGAUUGAGAAAAUGAGUCGCACCAAAACUUGGGCAGAGGAACAACUCGAAUCAGCAAACAAUCAAUCACAGUACGGUGUGGACGAUGUCUACACUACCAAACAGGAAGUUGUGGACGAAUUGAUGAUGAUCCACCGUUCGCUCUUGGAAACUGAUAACGAGAUCGAAGCAGAUGGAUUCUUGACCGAUAUCAUUCGCAACGUGCACGCGUUUGGGCUGACUAUGGUCACCUUGGACAUCCGUCAAGAAAGUGACCGCCACGAAGAGGCCAUYGACUCGAUCACGCGCUAUUUAGGACUUGGUUCCUAUUCCGAUUGGGACGAAGAUACGAAGCUUACGUGGUUGCAACAGCAACUAGCAUCACCAAGACCUCUGAUCCGAGCUGGUGAAUGGAAUGAUCAUCCAAAGUUCUUCUCUCCUACUGCAGUUGAUACUCUUGAAACAUUUUCCAUGAUUGCCGAUCAACACGAGGGAUCUCUCGGGGCCUAUGUAAUCAGUCAAGCAACAAGUGCUAGUGAUGUUCUCGCUGUCUUGGUCUUACAGAAGGAUGCUGGUGUGAAAAAGGCUCUGCGUGUCGCUCCACUUUUUGAAACGUUGGAUGACUUGAAUGGGGCAGCGGAUACCAUGAAGAAGCUCUUUAGUCUUCCGGCAUACAUGGGUGCAAUCGAUGGAAAGCACGAGGUGAUGAUUGGGUACAGCGAUAGUGCCAAGGAUGCCGGUCGUCUGGCAGCAAGCUGGGCACAAUACGAGACUCAAGAGGCAUUGGUACGUUGCAAAUACGCUGUUUGUCAACAAAAUGAAAAUUUUCGGAUGCGUUAUUGAAUUCUGUAAUGUUUUUCGUUCUUAUCAAUUUUGUGCUCUUCUAUGUUCGACUGCAUUGUGCGCAAUUUUUCAAAUUCGAUGACAGGCCAAAGUUGCAAGGGAUGCCAACGUAGAAAUGACCUUCUUCCAUGGAAAGGGUGGAACUGUCGGAAGAGGUGGUAAUCCACAGACUUUCCAGGCCAUCCUAGCUCAUGCUCCGGAUACUAUCAACGGAAGGUUCCGUGUGACAGAGCAGGGCGAAAUGAUCAACCAGAAUUUUGGGUACCAAGAUAGAGCCGAGCGAACCAUGGACAUUUACACCGCUGCUGUAUUAGCAGAGAAAUUAACAACGCACGUCCGCCCCACAGAUGAAUGGAGAGGUCUCAUGAAAACUAUUUCAGAUGUAAGCUGCGAUGCUUACCGCAGUAUCGUGAGCGAAGAUCCACGAUUCGUGCCCUACUUCCGAUCAGCUACACCCGAGCUGGAAUUAUCGAACCUGAACAUUGGAUCACGUCCAGCCAAAAGAAAACCUACCGGCGGUGUUGAGAGUCUCCGUGCUAUUCCUUGGAACUUUUCAUGGACACAGACGCGGUUGAAUCUUCCCACCUGGUUGGGAGUGGGAGAGGCCUUCGAGAAGAUUUUAGCCAGUGACGAUGGCGAUAAACUCCGCGAAAUGUACCGAGAAUGGCCUUCCUUCCGAACUACCGUUGAUAUGGUAGAAAUGGUCUUGGCAAAGAGCGAACCCAAGAUUGCUCAACACUACGAGACCGUGCUAGUCUCAGAUGAAAAAGCCAAAGAACUUGGUGCAGAGAUUCGUGCCCUGCAUGUGCAAACCGAGGAUGCUGUUCUCGACCUGACCGGUCAUGAGAUUUUGAGCGAAGARAACAAAGUUCUGAUGCAAUUGUUGGAAGUUCGAAACCCGUAUGUUGAUGUAUUGAAUGUCUUGCAAACUGAAACUCUUCAAAGAAUCAGAAAGUUUGAGGAUGGGGAGGAAGAUAAGGUACUGAAGGAUUGUCUGCUAACUACCAUUACUGGAGUUGCAAAUGGAAUGGGAAAUACUGGUUAGACAAGUUCGGUCAUGUAAUUAUAAUAUUACUGUAUUGAAAUCAAUUGCAUAUUCGUAUUCAGUAUUGUAGCAUGUGAUUSAAAGCACACAAGAGGGAGAAGYACAAAUAUCACGCGCUGCUCUUUUCUCGACAAAGAAUUCCGCAAGCCGUGYGGGUUGGUACCCCUCCUUGUCAUGUUWUAUAUAUGUCGUUCAAYAUUUUGGUCAGAUGCUGUGUAAUAAUGGAUCAYACAUCCAUACAAAUGCUUCGAUAUUGCUCGCUACACAUAAUGCGAAGUAAUUCGUUGAGCAGUAUUAUUUAAUUUGUUUGACAGAAUAUUUUGAGUUAUCGUYUACGAUCAUAUUUUAUUACGUACAAAACUACUUUUUAAARACGGAUAACAAAARGAACCCGUUUCGUCUGUUUAGUUACCGACACCGGUAUCGACAACCGCCAUCUUGGCGGAGCGAUCCAAGAGGAUGAUGUAAUCACAUUGGUCUUCCUUGGAGGCCUUGUUGAAAAAUUUCUUGUCCAAAAGGUAUCCAGUGGCACCGGCGGCCGCGGCUCCACCGAUACCAGCGGCGGCGUAGGUGGCCCAGUGCCCAUUGUCGGGAGGAAUUUCGUCCCAUCGGGUUCCGUCACUCCAGACGAUGGCGUGCUCGUCUUCGACCGUUCCCUCGAUUUCCCAAUCUCCGGAAGGAUCGAUGAAACUGAUGGCAAAUUCUUCGUCGUGUUCUUCCUCUGUGGUGUACUUUCCUGUUGUAGGUUCUCCAGAUGGGAAACCCUCAAUGACGAGAUUACCUGCUUGAUCGUCUUUGACUUCCAAUGUGGUGAUCUCUUCUCCGUCGUAACUGACCUUCCACUUUCCACCCCAUCCAGCGGUGCGCUUCUUCGCUUGCUGUUUGUUGACAAGGUACAUGCCACCAACUCCAAGGGCUGCUCCAGCAAUCGCACCGAUAAGGGCACCGUUCUUUCCGCUUUCCUCGGUUCCCUUGAUUUCGGMCAUUGCUGCUUUGAUGUCUUCGUCCUUGAUGGUAUCAACGAGAUCAAACAUUUCUCCGUUAGCCGCACACUCGGCUUGGAUGUUAUGGUCGAGGUACUUCAUGUACGCCUCCGCGUCCGAAUCAUCUCCAAUCUGUACAAAGGUGACAGACAGAGGACACGUUUCGAAGUUUUCGGCGCACGUACCGACGGCCCUCGUUAGAGCUUCGUUGAGUUCCUCUGCAUCAUCUGGUUUGCCUGCAGUCAGUACCAGAACGGCAACGGGUCUCGUGGUGAUAUCCUUGUUUUGAAAGGCCUCUUGCAUGCAUUCGUCCAUGGCCGCUCCCAUAUUGCACGCCUGUGUGAUACAAAAUUGAACGGCAAAGRAUUUCAAUGAGUUGUYGGCRAGCGAGGUGGAGUCGUACGGCAGAGAAUGCUGCGCAAUACGAAAAUCUUUUGGGAGAACACAACAAWUUUAAAUCACUUACACCUCGUGGUGGCUUUUCGUUGACGAUAGAUUCGAGUCCCUUCGUAUUCUUGACAUUGCGAUACCAGUCGGGGCUCUCGUCACCUCCAAAGCAGACGAUGUCAACACCAUCGGGAUCAACCUUGGUAACCUGGGCGAGGAUCUUGUCGAGACCCACUACGGCUCUCUCGUAACGAGUCGGAGGAGUACCGGAGAUACGUUUCUUUGCUUUCGUUGACGUUGUCGAGCUCUKUUGAGAUUCGGACAAGGCACUGUUGAUCUCGCUCUCCAGCGUUGCGAACAUGUUCUUCAUAAAACCCAUCUUGAUGU